AUGAAUCAAAACACUAGUCAACAGCAGCUAAGAGCUUCUUCUGCUUAUCGCAGCCCAUAUGGUAUUUCACCAGCGCCCCAGAAGAAUCAAUUGCCUUUGCUAAUUCCCUUAGCUCAACUGCCUCAUCCGACUCACUCCUCUCAACCACCAGCACCACCAACUCCACAGGAGCUAGGCUUUGGAUCCAAAUGGACAAUUGCAGAUCUUGUAUGGAUUUCCUCAACCCCCAAUGCUCCCUAUACCCUGGUUUCGCGUUGACGUGCCCCUCAUUCUCAUUUGGACCAAGCGCUAACCAGCAAUAAGACACUGACACUUCUCUUGAUAUAGGCUGAAUUGGAUUCGUGGGCCGAUGGAUCGCAAGAACGCUUCUAUAAGCUAUACAAGCAGCCGUUUAGCUUUGCUGAGUUCCGCCUCGACCACCAACACCAAUGCCCAUGUACCGGCGCUAAUCUGAGAUGCCUCCAAUGCGUGGUUCAUCAUUACGAAGAAAUGUACAAUCUCCCGACAAUUCUGGCAGCCCGUUCAAAGUACCAAAAGUGGCAGACCAGACCCUUCGAAGCACCCCAAGAUCCUCGUCUUAUGGGACCGAUCAACACACAUCUCGCUUUUCUUACGAAAUUACUAGCCGAGACAGAAGAGAAGAUCAAGAAUCACAUCGCACUUUACGAAGUGAAUGCAUACUACAAUGCAUGA